AUGCAUGAACUAAUGCUGAUCAAGGGUGAAGACGGCAAGCACACCGUGGUCCUGGGGACGUUUCUGGCGCCCAAGAAUCGGGAGAGCGAGUCCGAAUCCGUCGAGGUUUACAAUGCUCAAUAUUGUGACAUGGACGUGGUCGUGAAGGUCUUCAAGAGCAGGUAAGUACACUCGUCCAUCUUUCUAGCAGCUCACAUCCCCGAGCUGACAUGAUGUGCUGCAGCGGCGCGCUCCCCAGCGCUCGAGCAGACCGUGAGGUAUCCGGCCUCAAGAUCCUCACCGAGGCUCAAUGCCAACACGCUCCGGCCUACAUCACCGACUUCAAGUGCAGAUCGUGGGAAAACCCCGACGUCUUGUGGCACUACGUCGUCAGGAGCAAGCUAGAGGGGCUGCUCAUCGAAAAUUGUCUGAAACUCCCAGAGGCGAUGACAGAUCCGGUCGCUAUCAAGAAGAGGAUCCGUGCCGCCUUCGCCGUCGCCAUCGAGUCAGCAAUGAUAUGCGCUGGACCGCCAGGGAGAGAAAGAGGCUGAUUAUAUCCUAGGGCCGUUCGCGACUGCUGCGUCGACAACGGAAGCCACUACGACGGCAACAUCUUGGUCCAUCUAGGAGAAAAAGCAGAUCACUGGUGAGAAUACCCUGUUCUAUGCGUUGUGUCGUUCGCGGGGACUCAUCACCAAUAUCCAGCUACAUGGUCGACUUCGAACGUCUCAAGACGUUUGGAAAGAGGAGCGAAAUUCCUGCGCGGUGGAGAGAGCUUGACGCGUGGGUGGACUUGUAAGCCCCAAGAGAACCGUGGAGUCGCCGACUGUUGCGUGUGUAAGCCAGUGGAGGCCAGGACUUUCUACGUGUUUCGGUUUGCCUCAGACACUGUUUGCUACCUAACAGCCUCCAGUGAGCCGACACCAGGGCCUAGCAUAUAAGGAUACAGCUUCCACUACAGCACUUCUUCCGUCAAUAUUACCAGAAGUUGCCGCGGCUUUCGCAGACGGUGAACGUCUUGCGAUUCUUCAGUCUCUGGGAACAUGCUCACUUCCCGAAAGUCGGUCAGCCCGUCCGAGGGAACAUUGCCGAUGGCAAGACCAAGCUUGUGAUCGAAUCGACAAUUCACGGUGCUUCCAAAAGAGGUAGCCGUGCAGGCGUCUAUUUCGGCAGGCUCGAUGGCGAGGAGAUCAUCGUAAAGGUAUUCGCUAUGUGA